AUGUUUUUGUCCCGUUUCUGGGUUUUUGUUUCAAUGAUUCUAAUUGCCACCUGUUGUUCGCGCAUCGAUGGUUUUUGGUUCUUCUCUUGUCCCCAUGGUAACGGUCUUGGACACGCCGGUGAUGUUUGCUCAGCUUUCUGUCGUUGCCAUCCUUCAAACACUUGCGAGGCGGGAAUACAGAAAUGCGCGCCACCUGGAAGGUACAGAGACCGCUGUCAUGCGACGAGACCAUGCGCGACUGGGCUCAGUUGUCAUCCGGGGGUUCAGAAAUGCUUCCACGUGCCUCGUCGUCAUGGUGAACCGUGUGUAAUGGGUUAUGCAUGUGGCAGCGGGCUUUCUUGUGAGCCAGGAGUUCAGGCCUGUUUUCACCAUCCUCGCCAAUACGAGGAGCCUUGUUCUGCGGGAUAUCCCUGUGCCCCGGGACUCAGCUGCCAACCAGGUUAUCAGAGAUGCUUGCAUCACCCGAGGCUGGAAAAUGAGAGAUGUUCAGCAGGAUACACAUGCGCUGAUGGUCUGGACUGUAGACUGUGCGACAAGCCAUAUGCUACUUGUCAGCUGUCACGCGUACCCUCUUUGACAGAGCAGGACUAUGGCAGACCCUUUAACAAAGUGGCAUUCCUUGUUACCCAUAACUCUUUUUCGCAUUCUCCAAAUUUUGCUGUAUGGGCACGCAAUCAACGUUUUAGCGUCAGUCAGCAGUUAAAGGAUGGUGUGCGUGGUUUCAUGUUAGACAUAUAUCCAGGGUGGGGCGCGGCGGAGGUUCGUCUUUGCCACUCGUCUUGUUUCUGGAGUGGUUCAACAGACUUGUUAAGCACACUGGUUGAAAUCAGAAAAUUCCUGGAGAGUGACAUCCGAGUGGUCAUUACAAUUAUCUUUGAGGAUUACUUAAAAAACCCCACGAUCUUGAAAAACGUUUUUGACCAGGCAGGAAUUUCUCCGUACGUGCUACUGAAGGACUAUUGGGGUGACGGGUUCACCGAUUGGCCCACUCUAAACGACAUGCGCAGACUAGGUAGACUGGUUGUGUUCAACAAUAAUGGCCUUCACGGAUUCCCUUAUACUGAGUUCAACAUGUGGAGAUAUGUUAGAGAGAACCGCUAUGGAACCCCAAGUAGAAAAAAGAGGGAAUGUGUAGACCGCGGAGAGUCUCGGUGGAACGCUGACUGGAAUGACCACUGGAGCCUGGUGUUGGUAAAUUGGUUUAAUACCCUGGCCAAUCCUCUUCAGCCAUGUCUUAAUUCUUUCGAGGAGAUAAGAGAGAAGUUAAAGACUUGCCAUGACAAAUUUGGUUAUUGGGCAAAUUUUAUAGCGGUCAAUUAUUACACUGCAGGCUCAGGAGGCGGAGCUUUUCAAGCUGUCAAAUGGCUGAAUAAUAAGUUCAAGGGGGAAACUUCAGUCUCAAAGAUAAGAAAAGCAUCACUUAUUCCAUUCCCUGACAUGGUCACUCAUUGGGAUACAGCUAAUCAACAGCGUCAGACGAAACCCAUUCCAAGGCAAGACAUGAUUGACGGACCAGGGUAUGGUAAAGGGUUUCACACCCUGUCAGAUGUUCUUUCUCAUAUACUGAAACACCGUCUCUUUAAAUGGGGAGAAAGAAAGAACACAACUAAAAUCAUCAGCACUGCUUCAGCAACAAAUAUCACGGCUUCAAACGCUAAUAUGGCUUCACAAGGGAAGAUUUCAUCAAAUGAAAAACAUAGCCAAGAUAGUCAGCUCGGGAAAUCAUCGACAAUAUUUCAAGGUUUUGGAGGAAAUGAUACAUUUUUGAAACGAAAUGAUCCUUUAAGAAACCAUAGAAUCCAAAUUAACCACGAUUUGAGAGAGACAACACAAUGGAGAGUUUCCCGAUCAAGGAUUAAAGUUCACCGUCAUAGAACUCGGAAUAAUUAUUUGCCUUCGCUCUCUUCAUUUAAACAUGAAAAAAGGAAAAAACUAAAAUUAAGACUUGGGACAACGAACAAAGGAAGGGGUCUCGAAAGAGGAUCGCAACGUAAAUUUAGAUACAAGGUGCAGCCCGUUAGCCGAAUGUUACUGAAGGCUUACGGGCACAAAACGAUCUUCCCAAAACUUAGUCCCACCCUGAAGAUACGUAAUCUUCGGAAACAGGUGGCUCGGUUGAGAGCCAAGCUUAACAGGUUUAUUCACUUGGUGCACCAUCGAAAAAGGAAAAAGGCUCUGCCCUUUAAGCCCCUCCCAACUCUCAGCCGUACAUUUUAAUACAACAGUGCGGCUUUUUCUUAAAGUUUGAUUAUCUUUGUAAAAAUUCUUGAACUUUGUGAAUUCUUUUCCCAAUUCAAAUUUUCAAAUUUUUUUUCUGUCCAUUUUUGUCUUUGUUUUCUAUUUUAACAUGUUGAUCCACACAAGAUAAC